AUGUCGCAAAUUAUCCGAACAGGUGAGGUAUCGGCCGUAGCCCGGUGUGUGAUGAAUGGGCGUCAAUGUACAGGUUCAUCUUCAUCGUUACAAAUAUCUCCAUCACCGUUACCCAGCUACAAAGAACAUUACUCUGCUACUCCCGCUGUGCUCCACGAUGACCCGGACUCUCCCUCCUUCAGUGCCAGCCCACCUCUCACUCAUGCCCACAAACCCACCAACUACGAACCUAUUUAUCCUGACUUAGACACCAGUUAUGUAAACACUGAUCAUGUCAAAGGUGAAGAUGAAAGUGACUGCUGUCCACUUUAUAAUGCUACCACCGAGUCAUUAGAAAAGGGGCGGUGGCGGUGGCCUGGCAGGGACAUCUUUCUGCGGGCUUGGAGGAAGUUCAACAUGCCAAAAUCUUUGUGGAGAAAGAAGGAAUCAAAGGAUGAUGGAAAGAAAAUUAAAUUACAAACAAGUUUAACAAAACGGCAGUUGCUGCUUCUCAUGGUACUGUGUUUGGGGACCCUCACCUCUUCCUUCGCCAUCUGCCUCUUCCCGCCAUACUUCCCCAGAAUUGCACAAGAGAAGGGCUGCUCCUCUACCAUUUUUGGCCUAAUCAUCGGCACUAAUUGCUUAACAGCUUUCCUCGUCACCCCCAUCAUUGGCAAGAAGGUAGUGUGCCUAAACCCUGUUCAAGAUAAAUAUGAUUUCAGGUUCCUCGAAUUCUUUCCUCCUGGCCCGGUAUUUGUGAUCACAGCUAUACUGAUUCGGAUGACGCAAGCCACGGCAAAUGCAGGGAUCAGCACUGCCAGCUUUGCUUAUAUUGGUGUAGAGUUUCCUAAUUCUAUGGCCAAAGUCUUUGCUUGGACAAGGAUGACAAUGAAUGUGGCUCAGAUGUUUGGGCCAAUAUUAGGAGGAGUCCUGUUGGAGGUGGGAGGCUUCAAGCUGCCCUUUAUCGUCAUGGGAGGUGAUACAGAAUCAGGAGAGUGUGAGGAGGUGAAGAUCUGGAAGAUAUUUACUAUUAGAGGCAUCUGGGUCUCCUUUAUUACCUUCAUCUUCUCCACUAUGAGCAAUGGCUUUCUCUCCAUCACCCUAGAGCCCCAGGUCCUCAGGAAGUAUGGUUUAGGCCCAAUAUAUGUGGGUAUAUUAUUUGGCCUAAAGGACGGAGCCAACAGCUUGGCCUCACCUUUCUGGGGUUGGGUUUGUGACCGCAACCGUCAAGUUAAGAUCUACAUUUUGCUGUCCUCGUGCUUGGCCUUCACUUCCUUCUUCCUGCUUGGUCCCUUCCCAGGUGUGCCCAUAAACAGAACAUUGGGUGUGGUGGUCCUGGCACUGAUCUUGAAUGGUAUUGGGAUUGGUGGACAGCAGGUGGCGGGUGUUGUGGAUGCCAUCCGGGAAACAGUUGAUGCAGGGUUCCCAGAUGGUGCAGGGACUCACGGGUGUGUAGCAGGACUGUGGGCCUCGCUGUCAGGGGCGGGCAGGUUUACCUCUAGAACUGGAUCAGGAUUCCUCGUUGACACCAUAGGCUUUCGGAAGACCUCCGUUAUUGUGGUUGUCUUGCAUGGUUUUGUUGUGGUAAUGACAGCAGUGUACCUGAUGAUCUUCCGGGAUGGAGCAUACACCCGCCACCACAAUGAACUGGAUGAUAACGAUAAAGACAAGCAGAUAUGUAGUGGAGAGGCGGGGACUGGAUCAAUACUGACCACCACACCUAGUGAACCAUUUACUACAAAAGCUGUAAGUUAG